AUGUGUGGAGAUAUAUUUCGAUUUUUGGGUAUCUUGGUGGGACAGUAUGCCACGAUAUUUGUUAGGCUAGACGAUGCUGUAGGGUUGAGCGCUCGGUUUGAAUUUACUAGACUUCGUGGAGUUUUAUUCCGGCCUUUUACUCCAGCACACUGGGACUAUCUUGCUGCAUCGCCAGUGUUAAUCAAAGAUCUCCUGAAUGUCUCAUAA